UUAAUAACAAUUGUAGUCAUAAAAAAAAACAAAUUUCCCGAAAAUUUAUUAUAAGAUGAGCUGGAAGGCGGUGGUAGCUUAACUAAAACGCUGUUAUUUGGAAACACGCAAGCAGGUUCUGCCUGCAUCUUGUCAAGGUUAUCUCAUCUUCCAAAUUCCCUAACUGAAGGGGAAAAAGGAAAGAAAAUUUGAAGAAAAAAAUGGUGUUUUACUUCAAAGCCCGACCAGAAGCUGGCGAUUACACCAUUUUCAUGGGACUGGACAAGUACGAGAACGAGGAACUCAUCAAAUAUGGCUUCCCCGAAGAUAUUUGGUUCCAUGUCGAUAAAAUGUCUUCUGCCCAUGUUUAUUUAAGACUUCAAAAAGGUCAAACCAUCGAUGAUAUAAGUGAAGGUUUGCUCGAAGAUUGUGCUCAGCUUGUUAAAGCUAAUUCCAUCCAAGGCAACAAAGUGAACAAUAUUGAUGUUGUUUACACUCCAUGGUCCAAUUUGAAGAAAACUCCUUCCAUGGAUGUUGGCCAAGUUGGCUUUCACAAUUCCAAGAUGGUCCGGACUGUGAGAAUGGAGAAGCGGAUAAAUGAGAUAGUUAAUAGGUUGAACAGGACUAAAGUGGAAAGGAAACCUGAUUUGAAAGCUGAGAGAGAAGCGGUUAAUGCAGCAGAAAGAGUAGAGAGAAAGCAACAACUGAGGGAAAAAAAACGACGUGAGGAACUGGAAAGGCUUGAAAAGGAAAGACAAGCAGAGAUAAGAAGCUACAAGGGUUUCAUGGUGUCUGAAAAGAUGACAUCAAACAAACAAAUUGCAGCAACAAGCAAGUCUCUGCAGGAACUUGAAGAGGAUUUUAUGUGAAACAUAUUAGUAUUUCAGUGUCAAUCAAGACGCUGCUGGCUGCCAAAAACUUGCUGCCCAUCAAAGAAGGGCGGUUUGUUGUUACUUUUUGAUUGCUGGCUCGAAGUUAUUUGCCUUAUGAAUAAGUCACCUCAGUCCUGGAUAUUUACUUCCAUCGGUUUUGAUAAGAAAAAGAGACAACAUGGUAUGGAAACUAACUUCAAGGAGUAGAAUGAAGUAAAGGUUGAGGGUGGGAGAGAUGAGCUUCUGUUAUAGUUGCAAUAUAUACUACUAAACAUGAUUCAAAUCUCAAUUGUCGAUUGAUUACUGGGUGAUCUUUUUUCAACUUUAACAUUUAUUCAGGUUGCAACUUUGCAAAUCAUCAUGCCAUAUUACAAUGGUUUUAAGUUUGU